GGCGGCUGGAGCUUAGUCCCGGCGCCGGAGUUGGCGAGGCUGUGUGUGUGCCCAGGGCUCCGGCGGCAGCUGUUGCUUCGGGAUCCUGAUCGCGAUGGGGACACAGACGAAAGCCGGGAGGACGUGCUUGUUUCUCUUCACAUCGGUGAUCCUGUGUUCGCAGGCAUUGGGCAAGGGUACAGUGUACACUUCGACACCUGUAGUCAAAGUACCUGAGAAUAAAACGGCCACACUGUCCUGCUCCUAUUCGGGUUUCUCCUCUCCUCGGGUGGAGUGGAAGUUUGCUCAUGGUGGUGACUCCCAACUGGUGUGCUUUAACAACAAGAUCACAGCUUCUUACGCGAGCCGAGUUGCCUUCUCACUGAAUGGCAUCACCUUCCACUCCGUGGAGAAGAAAGACACGGGGAUGUAUACGUGUAUGGUGUCCGAGGACGGCGGCAACAACUACGGGGAGGUCAACAUCCAACUCGUUGUGCUCGUGCCCCCAUCCAAGCCCACAGUCAGCAUCCCCUCCUCUCCCACCAUUGGGAACCGGGCGGUGCUGACCUGCUCCGAAUCGAAUGGCUCCCCUGCUUCUGAGUACUCCUGGUUCAAGGAUGGGGUGCUGAUGCCCACAGACCCUAAGAGCAGCCGUGCUUUCAUCAACUCUUCCUACGUCCUGAAUCAGAAGUCGGGGGAACUGGUCUUCGACCCUGUGUCGGCCUCUGACUCUGGAGAAUACGUCUGUGAGGCACAGAAUGGCUACGGGGCACCCGUGAAGUCAGAAGCUGUGCGCAUGACGGCUGCGGAGCUGAACGUGGGGGGCAUCGUGGCAGCCGUUCUCGUGACUCUGAUUCUCCUGGGAGUCCUGAUUUUCGGCAUCUGGUUUGCCUACAGCCGAGGCUACUUGGACAGAGCAAAGAAAGGGACUUCGAAUAAGAAGGUGAUUUACAGCCAGCCCAGUGGUCGGAGUGAGGGGGAGUUCAAGCAGACCUCGUCCUUCCUGGUGUGACCCUGGUCCAGCUGGUUAGUCCUCUGUGCUUGCCUUACUCAGGUGCUACUGGACUCUGGCCCUGAUGUCUGUGGUCUCACAGAAUGCCUUAUUUGUCUCUAGACACCCCUAGGGCCCCCACUUUAUCUUAGCUAGGAUGUGUUUUUGAUAACUCUGUGCCCCUUCCUCCUCACACCCUCCCUCCCAUUCCUGCCAUCACUGUGUCCCUCGGACUUGUUUUCAUUCCCAAUCUCAGGAGGGAUCAGGCAGGAAUCCCAGGUAUGCUUGUUGACAUCCCUUCCAAGGAGACGGCAAGAGGAGGGCCCCCGGGAAUCUGUAGUCAGGACCCUCCUGGCCUGUGAGCUUCUGAGCCUGAUUUCAUGGACACCAGCUGUGCCAGAGCAGGGAGUGGAGAGUGGAGAGCAGAUGGCUGACGGCGCCGUUGGUGACGAGGUCAACUCUUCUGUCUUCCUCACCCCUGGAAGUGACCCUGGGGUCUUCCUGCCUGGCCUUCUCUGGAACACAAGCAAGCUGACACUGCUAUGACUGCAGGAGAAAGGGUGCCUUUGCUGUGGAGAGCAGAAUGAACUUUCAGGGGAUGUGGAGCGGAGAUGAUUGAAAACCACUGAUGUCAAGAAGAGCAAGCUGGAGCAGGUGGCUUGAGCCAUCACUUUUCCCUGGACUGGAACAGGACAGACUCCUUUCAAGAUGUGUCUCGUGUGGGUGUGUGUAGUCAUGUUAGCUCUUCACUGAGCUUGUGUGUGUGAGUGUGCACGUGUGUGUGAGUAUAAAUGUAUGGUGAAAUCAAGUGCCCAUUGGAGGGUUCCUUGGCUCUUUGGUGAGACUGUGGGUUUAUGUGUAUUAACUGGAUGUUGCUGGAAAUGGAAACUCAGUGUGUCAGUGGGGGAAAUGAGAUCUUAGAGGGUCCCUGGGCUGCUCCUUUGUACAAACAGGAAUUCCCAGCAACCGGGUGGCCUCCCAGACUAUUUUGUCCCGUACUUGGUCCUCCUUCAAAAUAGCUUCUGGUGUUGGGAUCCUCUUGAGAGCCCUCUUGUGGCUAGGCCUUCUGCUGGGGAAGGUUACUGAGGUGAAGCCCAUGCUGUUCUCUGGGUCUCACUUGCCAGUUCCACUAAGUGAGACUAGGAAGUGCCCACUCAGGUGUGGUCCUGGGCUUCCCUAUGUAGGCUGCAAGAAAAAGGCUUCAGAGCUGAAGCAGGGGGCUUUCUCAGCUCACUUGGGGGAGCUGACUGCUGCUUUAUUUAGUAGAUUGGGUUCAGGAGACGGUAUUGUAACCCAGACCCUGCAGUGGUGUGUUGGGUGAGCAUGGGGUGGGCCAGUUGCUUCCUUCUUCCUAUCUGGGCCUGUCUCUGCUCUUACACUUCUCUAUCUCUGUCUACCACAAUCCCUCAGUCUAUUUAUUAACCUGCAAGAGGGCGAGAGGGUGCAUGAAGGACCCUCUUGGUUUGAUUUUGCCUAUUUCUUUCUGGAGGGGAUAUUAGUGCCACUUGUCAUAGUCUGGCCCCUUACCUGGAACUGCAGAACUGAGUUUUCUACCAAGGAUCCAAAAAAAGAAAAAAAAAAAAAAAAAACCAAAAAAAACCCCUAAGCAAUCAGUUAAGGGGUCAUGCACUGAUUAAAAAAAAAAAAAAAAAAAAAUUCCAGAGGAAAUAAAAUUUCAGUAGAUAAUAAAGGAGAGGUUAUGAAACGGUUCAGGAGGGAUGAGAUUUUGAAAGUAUGUUUCAGUUCUGUAUCAUGGCUGGGUGAAAGGGUGGAAGGGUAUGACGGAAAAGCCCUGGGGAGGCAUAGGUCACUUGUGGAGGGUAAGGUCCUCACCCACUAGGGCAGUGUAAUGAGUGUGACUCAAGUUAUUACCAGCCUUGGAAUGUACUUCUUCAGCUCACAACAGCCCUUUCAAGUUGGAAAACACCUUGUCUGCUUUCAUUUUAGAGUGUCAAAACUAAUUUUUUGUAAUAAAUGUCUAUUUUUCACAUUGA